AUGAUUCGACAUACAUCACUCCUACGAACAUGUUUACCUUUGCAUAAAAGAGUUGUUUCUUUAUCAUCAUCAUCAUUUUUGGCUUUGAGAUAUUUGUCAUUAAAAGAGCAACCAAGAGUUAAGGUAGUAGGAAUACGGCAUCUAUCAGAGAGUUUACAUAAGGAAAGUUUUCCAACUACGGGCAUUCAUGAUUAUAGAAAACAAGACGAUAGUCAUCCGCUAGGAAAGGUAGCCAAAGAACAUGUCCAAGAACGCGACUUACGUGAGAAGAAGACUCAAAUAACGGAACCAUUAACAAUUAAAAGCAGUCCUGGCCUAAUAGGAAAUUCACUAGAUGAGAAUUUUACUAAAUCAGGACAACGAUCCGCGGACCAUUCUGGAUCGAUGGCAACUGUAUUCUUUCAGGAAAACAAUAACAUGCUUCAGCUUUUGCAAAAACGAGCAACACAAUUAGUCGAAUAUAUCAAAAAGAAUGAUCCUUCUCUAGAACCAGAUCAUAUAAACGACCCAUGGUUGAGCCAAUUGGAUUGGACCAUAAAACAACCAAGGAUAAAAAAAGAUGGAACUCCAUAUGCAAAACAAGCAUUUUUAACUGGAUAUCCAGAAUGGUAUCGUGAUUUAUUCCGAGAAAAGAAAACCAUGCAUAUCUCUUUAAGAACGAGAGUGACUCCCUUAUUGCUAGGAUUAAAAUGGGAAGGGUAUCCUUUGGUUUGGCACCAGACUCAAGGUUGGUGUUUCAGAGUUCCAUCUGUACAUCGUAUAGAUAUGCGAAAGAAAGGAUAUACAGUUGUAACGAAGACCGCAGAAUUACAUCAAGCGCUUAACCAAGGGGAAAGAACAUAUCUUUUGUUCAGAAUUCCUCAUCCAGAUGGAGAUACUAGAAGAUGCAUGUUGGUAUUAUCUAAGCUAUUCGGUCGGUUCUUCGACAACGGGGUAUUAGCUUCAGAAUAUGCGCUGGAUAUAAUUCUUAAUAAUGGAACUUCCUAUUUGAUGGGUAACAGAGAUAGAAGUUCUAGUCAAAUUGUGGAUAACCAAGAAGCAAUCGAUGAAUCCUUCGAGAACAAGAUUGAACGCUCAAUUCAUAAAGAUAUGGGAACUAUUUUGCCACAACUGGUCCCAACGGGGACAACUGCAAGAAGGACAACCGAAAAUUCCCGGCUUUCUGUAUCAGCCCCAAAGGAGGAAAAGGAAUCAGUGUUAUCAAAACUCAAAAUGGAAUCUAAGAAAGAGGAAAACGAACAGAAACCAGAUGAAAAGAAAGUCGAGAAACAGAUUGCAAAGGACCAGACACUGGACGGAAAGAAAACGAAGGAAAAGAGUCUGACAGGAAAGAAAUCUAAUACAAGCAAAUCGAAGGUAGAAUGCCAGGCAGGAAAGAAGCCCAAAGCAAACAAUUUAGGGGAACAAGGAAUGGAAGAACGGAAGCAACAGGAAUGGAGACAGGAACACCCGGGUCUGGGGAAGCAUAGACGGGAAGAACAGAUAAAGGAGGAACGGAUACCAGAAGAGUUUGGAAAAAUGACACGGGUAAAACAGAUUCAGGGAAAAAAAUCAGAGAAAUCAAAUCUGACACUAGCACCGUCAAAUGUGAAUAUCCAAACACUCUCCGAGACGAAUCAAAAAGAACCACCAAUUGCCUGGUCCCGAAUUCAUCAUAACAAAGCCAGCGUGCCAGAUGUAUUUCUGGAUAUUCACAAGACUUGUGUUCGAGAGAUCAGCCUGGAAGAUCCAUAUACGCGAAGCUUAAUCCCACCACAAUCAAGCUACAAACCACCGACAAUCAUGGUUCCCCUAGAUUCUGCGAGUGAGACGCUCGAUCGACGACGACAUAACGAUUGGCUGAUUACUAUAAUGAAUAGAAUUUAUGAUACCCCUUUUUUUGUUACAACCUCGAUAUCUUUUACCUGUUAG